CAAUGUAAACAAUAUGGCUUCCACUAAAACAUUCGACAUGCCCAUUCCUAAUCUGGAAAUAGAGAAUCCUGUUAAUUUAAAUCGAAUGAAAACCCAACAAUCAUCAGUAAAAGAAUUCCAUAAUCGGAGUAAAUUAUUUCCAAAUACUCAGACCAACAAACUUUUUCAAAAGAGUUCAAAACACCCAGUUCAAGAGAGGAAAACUGAGGACCAGGAAUUAAAAUUAAUUUCUCAUCGUCCCCCAACUUCAGCGAAAAAAUCAAACAGAGCACAGAGUGCGAAAAGUAGAAUAGAAGGAAACUGGAAACUUGACAGUAAUUUCUGUAUCAGUGAAUUUUGUGAAAAUUCUAGUCAUCUGAGUAAGACACAGAACAAAAAACUGAAUCAUCAUUAUGAGGAGCAUGAUAAACAAUUAGUUCCACAUGGCGGAAAACCAGUUCCUGUUAUAGAUGUUGGAGAUAAUGCCCCUUUUCCAUCUUAUAAUUUCCAGGAAAAAAAGACUUCCAAAUAUGUACACAAAAGUGAUAGACCAUUUUCAUUUAAAAAUGAAGGAAAUUUGAUUGAUUUGAGAGAAUAUGUGACCAUUGCAGAGAAAGCCACUACAACAGAGGAGAAAGAAAAGAUUAGACCAUCAUCUGCAAAAUGUUCUCGUGUGAAAACAGAAAAUAUAUCACCAGUGGUUUAUAAUUUAGCCACACAUCAGCAGAUCUUUGGUGAAGAAACUCAUAUGAUAAAUAGCUCUGAACAGGGAACAUGUUACAAAUUAGCUGAUGACAGUUUUUCAAACACAGUUCACAAGGGUGGAAAGAAAAAUAGGUGUGCACCAGAAACGCUAGAUGCCAUAAUGCCAUGGAAGUCCGAGUGCUACACCAAGGAGGAACUUGGAAUUGAUCCAUCUAAAUGUUUGGUGUUUAUUCCAUCUCUAAGUGUUGACAGUUAUAAGGAUUUACCUGUUGUCCCAGCUCCUAUGUCAGCUGAAGAAGAUCUGCCAUACAAGGAAAAAGUUAAACCACCCAUUGUUCACAAAAAGUACAGUCAUCCAGCAUGGAAAAAGAAACAUUUUGUCGAUGAAUGGACAUGCAGUCACACCAAACCAGAAACAACAUCAAAUGGUUAUGAUUAUGGAAUGUUUGAAACUAGAACAGCAGCAGUUAUAAGGAAAGAAAUUGAAGAUCUUGAAAACUUAAUGAAAGGUAUUGGGAACUUUGAUAGUGAUUGUAUGAUGGUCAGAUAUCAAGCAGAGAUUGAGAAGUUCUGGCAGACCUAUAGAGAUACCAUGGCAAUGGUCCCUGAAAGGCUUCUCAAUUCUCCUGUGCCAGUAGACACAUUUGGGCUCCGCCAGUUCUACCAAGAGCAUGAUGAUAUUAUGUUGGAGAUACGUCGCAGGCAUUCUCUCUGUAUGCAGGAAUUAGCACAGCUAGAGUCAGAAGCAGAGAUCUCAAGUGACCGGAAAUAUUUCAAGCAUGUUGUUCACAACACUUGAAUACACAACGAUUAAAUCACAAGUAGUUUAGAAUAUCGUAAAAUGAUAUACAGUGGAGAUGAGAAGAAUGGGUUGUCUUCUGUCGACUGAUGUAUAGUGCUGCCGACAUAAAGUUCAUUGCUUCCUAUAACCAGGAGGAAUUAUAGAUCUGUUUCUGCUAAGAAGUAGUUGUAAACUGUCAGGACAGUUUAUAACUGAAUUUUUAUAAAUUUCUAGUAUUUCUAGUAAACCUUGAUGAAGAAGUGCAGUUUAUAAUUGCACACAACAGAUAACAAUGUAGAAGGUGCUAAAUUUCAUACAUUACAAUGCGAAUCUUUGUUAUGAUAUUUCAAUUUCUGUUGACAUUUUCUGAUGUGAUGCUAUCAUAGAUUAUGCUACUGCAGAAAUUAAAGUUAUUCUGUUUCAUAUUUAAAGAAGAAGGCAUAAAGUUAUAUUGA